AUGGCAGACUUUGACGAACCUCCAUUGUUGGUCGACGAGAGCGCGAUCGCAACUCUCAGCUCCGGGCCGUUAACGAGUGAGGCUACUGAGCCGAAAAAGACGGUCCCUGUGACUAUCGUGACGGGCUUUUUGGGAAGUGGCAAGACAACACUGAUAACGAGGCUCCUUAAAGACCCGACUCAUAAGAAACGCAUCGCAGUCAUUCUGAAUGAGUUCGGUGAAAGUUCGGGAAUAGAUCGAAGUCUAACGAUGAACAAAGAUGGGGAGAUGGCUGAGGAAUGGCUAGAAAUGGCGAACGGAUGUCUGUGCUGCUCUGUGAAGGAUGCUGGUGUGAAGGCGGUAGAGAACCUAAUGAAGAAGAAAGGAAAGUUCGACUACAUCAUGCUGGAGACCACCGGACUUGCGGAUCCAGGUCCCAUCGCAUCCAUGUUCUGGUUAGACAAUGAGCUGCAAAGCGAGAUAUACCUCGACGCCAUCCUGACAGUUGUAGAUGCGAAGUUUGGCUUACAGCAACUGCAAGAGAAGAAGCCCGACGGGCUUCUCAAUGAAGCAAUAAGGCAGAUAGCACUCGCAGACCGCAUUAUCCUGAACAAAAUCGACACAGUUUCGACCGAGCAGGUCAAUCAUCUUGAGGAGUCGAUAAGAGACAUCAAUGCUGUGGCGCCUUUGACGAAGACGACGCGGUCAGAUGUGCCAAUAGAGCACUUGCUGGAUCUGCAUGCGUUUGAUGAACGAUCGGAACAGCUGAUAUUGGAAAAGUCGACGGCAGGGGCGAGGAAACACCUUGACGAGUCCGUGCAAACCGUCACAUUCACCCUCCCGGGCACAAUAUCCCUCCCCUCACUAAAUACCUGGCUCCAAAACCUCUUGUGGGAGAACACCGUCGGUGACCAACCCACAACCCAAAUUGAAAUACUCCGCCUCAAAGCACUCAUCAACGCCGACGGGUCGGAUCGGAAACACGUCGCGCAGGCGGUAAGAGAGCUGUAUGAUGUACAGGAGGGUGCGAAGUGGGCGAAGGGUGAGGAGAGGGUGAAUAAGGUGGUUGUUAUAGGGAAAAACGUCAGCACAAUCGAAUUCCGGGCAUCUUUUGAGCGACAGUGUGUGCUUCGCUCGUGA